UGAAAGUUGUAACCAAAACCGAAAUUUCGCCGGAAUUAAUACAAAAGUUUUCAGAGUAAAAAGGAGUAAUUGUAAAGCAGGAAGUUAGUAGCGCAACUGAUUUUGGAACGGUUUUGGGUUGUAGUAGAAAAAUGAUUUUUCGAAUCACUAUUUUGUUCAUAAUAACGGCUAAGGUUCGAGCUGACAUCCAAGGCUAUCACUACACUACUCCAAGCUGUCCAUUUGAAGAGCCAAUUACUGAGUUCAUCACUUCAACCGCAACCGUCUCCCGAAUAAUAACAUCAACGUUAACAAAUCAGUUACCACCAAGAACGCAAACAGUCUUCCGAGUUUCAUCCAUUGUCGUAACAUCUGCCAUCACCGAAACAGUUCCAGUUUUCAAUACGAUUACAAGCAUAAACACAGUGACCAAAACGCAACCACCUCCUCCUGCCAUAACGAUAACGGACACCAUCACGCAACCUCCCGUUGUGCAAACGAGAAUUUCUACUGUGAUUAAACCAACUCCAGUGUAUCAAACGAUAACCAAUGUGCAGACCAUUAUUCAACCGCCAGUAACGCUUCCACCACAAACAAUCAUUAGAACGAUAAUGCCACCUGCAGUUACCAGAACGCAGCUAACGACGAUCACUACGGCUAGUCCAGUUGUAUCCGUAGUUGUUGAAACCGUCCCCGGUCCGACGGUAACCCUUCCGCCGAGGACAACAUACUCAACCAAAACUCUUCCGCCUGUAGUGCAAACCAGUAUUGCUUACGUUACCACUACAACUCCUGUCGUUCAAUACAGUACCGUCACACUGCCGCCUAGAACACUAACCCUUCCGGUUAGAACAGUUAUCCAAUCAAUAACUCUUCCCGUCGAAACGAUAACUACCACCUCAAUCACCGCCACUCCUACUCCGGUUUAUAGAACCAUCACACAGACUCAAACCGUCACAAAACCCCCGUUACCGCCUUCGACUAGAACCAUCAUCAAGACCGUCACACCUCCUGCUGUUACUCGAUCGGUUGUUAGCACUGUAACGUCACCAGUGUUACGAGAAGUUACGAAAACAGUUACGCUCCCGGCUGUCACAUCUACCGUUUGUAAACCAACGAAUGCUUAUUUACCGGUAAAACCGGAAGCCACAUAUCUUCCUCAAUAUAAAAAUAUCGAUUCGCACUAUCAACCACGAUACAAUGACAUUUAUCGAGGGAACUAAUGGUUUUCCUAUAAUCAAACGUGAUACUCGGAAAUACUCGAUUUUUUAAACGUAAACGUGAUGACUUAGGAUUAAGAUAUCGUACCCAGAAUAAUUAAAUAUAAAGGAAUCAAACAAAAUUGAUGAUCAUUUUAUAAUUAUCAGUAAUUCAAAAGCAAAUAUUUUACGAUCAACCUGUUUUGGAACUGGAGUUCUAAAACAUUAGAUAAUUUAUAUAUAGAAUGAUUAUAGCUAAUGGAAAGUAAUAGAUUAUCUAAUAAAUAUUUCUGAGGGUUACAUACUCAUAUUCACUCUGGAAAAGGUUACAUACUGCUACUCACUCGAUUUUUAUAAAGCAUUUUUAGAUACCUCUAAAUACAUGUUCAUGUUCAAGGUACUAAAAUAAUCGUAGUAUUUAAAAGUGUUAUACAGAUAAGCAGAGUUUAAAAAUAAAUUAACUUGUUUGACUCUUCCAAAUAAAAUACAAAGGAUGCUUAGAGGUCUCGAAAUUCAAGGGAUUCUAUUUUGAGUGAUCAUGCAAAAGAAAGCGGAUUCUUCAAACCAAAUGCAAUAAAAA